ACGACAAAACUUUGAAAAUUUGUUGAUGGUGUCGUUACUAUGAUUUAAGAAAAACAAAUAUUUAAUGCAACAUUUUCUAUCUGAGGCUACAUUACAGGAGGACUGGGACGGAGCCCUCAAACGUAAGAGAAAAGAAGCAAAGUAGGAAAAUGUCACAGCAAACAAAGGAAUUAGAUAUGGUCGAUCGAGAUCCUAACCAAAUCAAUUCACAUGUCAAGGUGGCAUUUGAGGACGUGUUGGCCGAGCCGGAUGGUGCACACAGUAUUGACUGUGUCUGGAACCUCAGCUACUUUUGCUUUAACUGCGGUAAAAACUGCUGUUAUAAGUUUAUGACCACACUCUGUGGGAUUUUCAUUGCCCUAUACUGGGGAUGUGAGUUUGCCUGCAUCACCUUUGAUCAAGUCUGGUGUAUCACACCCUCCCUCCGAAUCUUUAGCAUCUACAUGGGGUGUGCUCAAAAAUACUUCGGAACGUGCGUCUCCUGUUGUUUGGCGCCAAUUUGUGAAACGAGUGGACUGUUUUUUAGCAGCAUAACUGUAAAAAAUACUUAAGUUUAAGAGUGACUAUGAUAUAUGUGAACAAAACAUUUUAUUUAUUUUUAAAGCAUUUAUAAUUGAUAAUUUAAUUCCCUGUAUUGUUAUAAACCCCUUUCGUUUUUAGACAAAAAUACAGAUUGUACUUUU